AGUGCAGUGCUAGGUGAUAAGACACUUGAUUCAAAGACUAAACAUCAUGCGGAUCGUAUUGCUGAUGACCAUUCCUUUGGUAGGACAUCUCGUUACCCCAUCACAUGCUGAAUAUGAUGAUUUACGACAAGAAAUUAUCUUGCUUAAAACAGCUUUCCACCAGAAAACAGAAGAAAUCAACAAACAAAUGUUUAUUUUUCGAAAACAGAUAGCCAGGUUAGAAAAAGAAAACCAGCAAAAAAAUAAAGAACUCGCUGCACUACAGAAGAUCCUUCACGAGAUUUCUAUAGCUGAGCAAAAUUAUUAUGUGCAAACAAGGAACAAAGAUAAAAUUCGAAAGAGAACGUCUUCGACUACAGUUGCUUUCCAUGCCUGUUUCUCAAAUGACGUCAAUUAUCUAGGGAGAAGUCAAACCCUCAUUUUUGACAGAGUAAUCACAGACACAAAUACUGGAUAUUCAAGAUCUAGUGGAACAUACAGAAUUCCCAGAACUGGGUUUUACGUAAUAACAUGGGUCACACCUGUUGUUGGAAAUAUACCCUUUGAGCUACUUGUGAACGGGGAACAAAGGGGUCGGACUGAUCCAUCCAGUACUGGAAAUGGUGCAUCUCAAAGUACAUCAGGAAUAGCCGUACUGUCAUUGUAUCAAAACGACAACUUGAGUAUCCGUACUCAUCCAAGCGCAAGUCCUGUUGGUGCACUCGUAAGCAACACAUGGCAAGAUGCAUGUUUUUCACUAUGGAGUAUUUAACAAAUAAAGUUUACAUACAAA